GACAACAUGUUGCCUUCUAGCCAUGUUCGCGAGCCACCGCAUCUGCUCUCCAUAUGCACCUCUAGAGUGAAAGCUAUGCCUGCUCAAAUGAGAUCAUUCUUAACAUCGAAACAUUUUUGAUACCAAACCCCCACGAAGGUCACUUCCUGCCGGAAUGCAGGUUGGUACAUACCGACCACGGUGUGGCACCGGCGAGUUCCAUAAUUCAAGAAGUCAACAAGAAAGCAGGCCUCAAGUCCUCAUAUGUUCACGAGAGAUGGCUAGAUAUGAAAUGAAAAGCAGCACGCUAUCUUUCAGGAACCGCCGUCUUCGUUUGUGAGUUUGUGAAACGGACUACACGAUUGAAAGCAUGGAAGAGGAUGAGGGGCAGAAAGAAAUGCCCAAAGCCUUGGAUACGCCUGACGGAGAAAAAGAGACCAGAAGGUAAGGAGAAUGAACUACGGCUCACAUGAGCAUCGACAUGUAUGGGAGAGAGCCGAAGCUCCUUAUGCGUGGCAUAUCAAAAUUCUAAGCGCGAGGGAGCACAGGUAGGACAUAUAUCACACUUCACCAUGCGCUCCUCCUUGGAUGAUCGGGCCGCCUGCUCUUAUCGACCAUGUUCCAUAUAAAUGUCCAAACUACCUCCAUACCCUCCAGCGUCGCCCCCUCCAGGCCCUCCUCUCUGUCGUGGACCAUACCCAAGCGUAGUUGUGCUGUAACUCUAAGCCAACUGUAGUGCACCAUGGUCCAACUGAAUCUCCCCGCGUUCUACACGACUCCCUUGACGCAGGUGAUCCUCGUAGGAAUUACCUGUUUUGCGACAGUGGGAAUGUUCAGCGCAGUCUCGAAUCUAGGUGCUGGAGGUUCUCAAGAUGUUAUACUGUCGGAUAUCUCCCAGGGUGUCCUUUAUGGCAUGUUCGCUUUGACUGGUUUGAUCUCUGGAGGCAUCAAUAACCUCCUCGGGCCUCGGCUCACCCUGUUCAUCGGUACCCUCGGUUAUGCUUUGUAUGUCGGCGCACUUUGGUGUUUCCAAACGCAAGGAACAAGAUGGUUCCUUAUCUUUGCUGGCGCCGUUCUUGGCUUCACCGCCGCUUUGCUGUGGUCCGCACAAGGAUCCAUCAUGAUGAGUUACCCACUCGAAAAGGACAAGGGUAAAUCCUUUGGUAUUUUCUGGGCUAUCUUCCAGUUUGGGUCUUUUAUCGGCUCAGUCAUCGCUCUCGCUAUCAACAUAAGGAGUGGUUCCCUCAGCGCUGUGUCAACAUCUACAUAUGUUGCUUUCAUCAUCAUUAUAUUCAUCGGUAUCGCUUCUGCUUUCUUGGUUCUACCACCAAAUCGUGUCAUUCGUUCCGAUGGUACCAUCGUCAAGCUCGAAGCUGCUUCCAAAGUGCACGAAGAAGUCAUCGGUAUGGCUCACCUGCUCAAAGACUGGCGCAUGAUCGCCCUUCUCCCGAUGUUCUUCGCUUCCAACUACUUCUACGCUUACCAAGGAGCCAUCAAUGCCGGAAUGUUUGACGGUCCUACCCGUGCAUUGAACGCGACGCUCGAAGGUGCCGGAGCCAUUAUCGGUGCUCUGCUUAUUGGUUUCUUUGUUCUUGAUUCCAAAUGGUUCGGGCGUCGCACUCGUGGCUAUUUGGGUCUCGCUGUUGUGGCCGCCAUGACUAUUAUCAUCUGGGGUGUCGCACUGAGUUGGCAAGUGACGUUCGAUAGGGCCGAUGCCAAAGCGUUGUUGGAUGCUGCCAAGUUGAUAAACUACAAGGAUGAAAACUACAAGGGCAAAGGUGCUCUGUACUUCUUCUACUUCUUCUCGGACGCUUGCUACCAGGCUCUCGCAUACUGGAUCAUGUCUGCCCUCACCAACGAUCCAUUCCAACUCGCGCGUUUUGCCGGUCUCUACAAAGCAGUCCAAUCUGCCGGCGCUGCAGGAAGUUUCGGCAUGGACGCAGUAGCCACACCCUACCUCAAUGAACACCUUGCGUCCUGGAUCCUCAUGCUCGUCUCGUACCCACUCGCGUUCCUCGUCAUCCGUACAGUGAAAGAGACCAACUAUGAUGACGAGGAAACUGUUUAUGUGGAUGAUAUCAAGAGGGCUGAAGCUGAGAAAGGUCACGCCCCUCCUGCGGCUGAGGAAAAGAGUUCGAUUGACAAGGCUAGCGUCAAGGACGCCGGAGAAUCUCCUGCGCCUCUCGUCUCUGAUGCUUGAUUUCACCUCACGAUCUUCUCUUCAUUCCAUGAUAUCCUCGUUGUGCUUGCUCGCCUCUUCGCCACGCCACUGUCACGCACGUCUCCCUGAGGUUCAUUGUUCCGAUAACGCGACGGCCGCCGUACCGUCUACGUGACCAAUUAUCCAUAUGAUUGCUCAUACAUUAGAAAAUCCCCCUUAGACCCAUGUGGUUUCGAGUCUCUGGCUUCCUUGGGGUUCGUGUUUACUGGGUACCCUCAUGAUCAUGCAUAUACGUAUCACGACGCUUCCACUAUUCCAUCACACCUCGUUACCCCUCUCCGGACUUUUGGCAAAAUCACUGAUUCAUGGGUUUGUUUUCUUCUUGGACUUUUGCUUUGGACGUAUUUGUGUUUGUAUUACGACGACUUAUAGUACCCUCUGGUGUUUGAGUACGUUAUGUUUAUAAUGACAAUUCGCUAUUGGAAAUAUCUCUUCCUUCUAUGACCGGAUAUUGUUCGAGAAUUCUACAGUGUGAAAGCUCACGCAUCGUGGCUUUAGGAAUAGGUUCGAAUGCUUAAGUUUAAUCCUUCA